CCAAAACAAAAAAACCAAUUCCUCGCAAGUAGUAGGGCACAGGGAUGGGCAUCAACUGAGAUUUCUCUCUCCCAACCUUCCACAGUGGAAGCAACAUCUAUGGUCCAUCGCAUCAGCUUUUUGAACAACACAAGCAGAAGUGCAUAGAGAGAUGGAAACGGGGAAGGUGGUAGUGGAAAGAAUUGGAGGGAAGUCAACGGUCACCCGAUGCUUCUCCAAAUAUCCUCUCAAAUUCAUUAUCCCAACAAAGGUGGGUAGCUCCCAAACUGAUGUUGUUUGGAUUUACUCUCUCACCUAUGGUGGUGGCGUUGUCUCCGGAGAUUCAAUCUCAUGUGAUUUAACGAUUGGAGAUGGUUGCACCACUGUUUUGACCACCCAGGCUUCCACGAAGGUCUACAAGUCUCUGCAAUCUAAGUGUUGUGAACAAGUAUUGGAGGCAAGAAUUGGAAGUGGUGCUCUCUUGGCUGUGAUUCCAGAUCCGGUGACGUGUUUCUCCACUGCAAAGUACUCCCAAAAGCAAGUCUUCAGGGUGUCAGCUGACUCAAACUUGCUUAUUGUUGAUUGGAUCACUAGUGGCCGUCAUGAGAGCGGAGAAAGAUGGGAUUUUGAGCUCUACAAAAGCACCAACCACAUCUUCUUAGAAGGUGACCAACCUUUGUUUCUUGAUGCGAUAUUGCUGGAGCAAGGAAGCAUAACUACUAUUGCUAAACGCAUGCAAGACUAUCAAGUUCUUGCUAUGGUCAUACUCUUGGGGCCAAAAAUGCAACACGUUCAAAACCAAGUUCAACAAUAUGUAAAGAACUUGAUGUCAGAGCAGUUGCAUAUGCCUUCCACUGCGUUGAGACCCUACGGGAAAAUAAAUGCCGAUCAGCGCUUGACUAAACCGGCGUUUAUUGCUUCUUGCAGUGUCUUUGGUCCUAAGGGGGUAGGUGUUGUUGUUCGAAUAGCUGCCAUGACUACCGAAUCCGUUUACAGGUUCCUACAGCAUCAAUUGCUUAGCUUAGAGCCAUUGCUUGGGGUAUCGCCAUAUCGGUCAUCUUGACAAAUGUGUUCCUUUUAUGGUUGGUUACGCCCUCAAGUUGUAGUCGAGUAUUGUUUUGAUGAAUCAAUGAUUUGUUUUAUCUUUGCAACAAUUAUCUCUUUAGUUUUUUCCGAUGCCUCAACAAUCAAAUAACAAAGUAGAGAGCAAAUCAUUGUUUCUGAAUCCGAGAAAUAGGAGUAUAGCAAGUGUGUGGAUUAAGCUGCAGAUCAAUGUUAACCUUCUCUGGAGCAAGUUGCUUCAUGUUUAGGGUUGGGUUGGUUUAUGCUUUGUCUCCUUGGGGAAACUAAAACAUGGCCUUAGGAUUAGUUGGGCUUUCUUUGACUGCUAAUUUGUACGCACAACAUGGAUGCUGAGGAUUAUUGCAAGUUACGACUGAUGGGUUUCUAGUUUUCUUCUACAACUCCAAGCAGCUAUAAGUAAGAAACCGUACUUGACAUUUCUAGAUCAAAUGCCAGUACACAUUGUACAAGCGGGAAACACUGAUAUUGUGUGAUUCACCUUACUGAUGCAUGUACGCGUGCACUUUAUAUUCUACCACCAUUGUUCAUCUGUAUAUUUUUUCCGUGAACUCGCAUCCUUCUGGAAAGUUCGCUUCUUCGGAUGACCUGUGUUCUGUAUUUGGUCUUUUAACAUUUUAGUGCUUUUUGUUUCUGUUUUUCCUGCUUGGGAAAGUGUAAUACUACCUUCCGGUUUAAAGAUUCUCAUAAGGUGCAGGGAAUCGUGUUGAUUUUGCAUCUCA